CAAUUGAAGCCGGUUUUCAUGAAGGAAGUGGACAGUCACCUCACAGAGUUUGUGAACAGUUUGGUGGCAAAAUCAGCAUUCCUGGACUCCUCAUCUUCAGCCUCCCUCUUCCCAGCUUCCUGCUCUGAGAAGGAGCUACAUAAAGCCAAGUCCUUGAGAGCCCCUCCAGAACAUGGGAAGAUAUUUACUGCGAGGAGGUCCCUCUUGGAUGAGCUGUUUGAAGUGAGUCACAUCAGGACGAUCUACCACAUGUUCAUCGCUCUUCUCAUCGUCUUCAUCCUCAGCACGCUUUUAGUAGACUUCAUUGAUGAAGGAAGGCUGGUCCGAUUUGAUCUCUUGGUUUUCGUUUUUGGAAAGUUCCCGGUUGUCUUCUGUACUUGGCUGUGCAUGUUCUGUGCCACGGUUGUCAUUCCAUACAGCCUUUUCUUCCACUGGGCCCAAGGUUACUGCAGCUCCUCCCAUCGUGUAAUCCGCUCUCUCUUCUAUGGGAUGUUGUUCACGCUCUUCCAAACAGUCGCUGGGUUUGGGCCGACCUAUGUUGCUGUAUCAUAUGCCCUGCCUCCGGCUUCCCGUUUUAUUGUAAUACUGGAACAGGUUCGUCUGGUUAUGAAGGCUCAUUCAUUUGUCCGUGAAAAUGUACCUCGAGUCCUGUCAUCUGUAAAGGAGAAGUCUAGCUCAGUACCUAUUCCCCGAAUUUCUCAAUACCUGUACUUCCUCUUUGCUCCCACCCUCAUCUAUAGAGACAACUAUCCCAGGAAUCCCAUGGUAAGAUGGGGCUACGUAGCUACCAAGUUUGCACAGGUGCUUGGUUCACUUUUUUAUGCCUACUACAUCUUUGUGAGACUCUGCAUUCCUCAGUUUCGCAAUAGUAGCCAAGAAACCUUUAAUUUACGAGGGCUGGUCCUCUGCAUCUUCAACUCCAUUCUGCCAGGUGUACUUAUUCUUUUCCUGGUCUUCUUUGCCUUCCUUCACUGUUGGCUUAAUGCAUUUGCUGAGAUGAUGCGCUUUGCAGAUAGGAUGUUCUACAAGGACUGGUGGAACUCCACAUCCUAUGCAAACUACUACCGAACCUGGAACGUGGUAGUACAUGACUGGCUCUAUUACUACGCAUACAGGGACUUCCUUUGGUUCUUUGGUAAGAAGUUCAGAGCAGCAGCUAUGCUGUCUGUCUUCACAGUAUCGGCUGCUGUGCAUGAGUAUGUUCUGAGCAUCUGCUUCGGCUUCUUUUAUCCAGUUCUCUUUUGCCUGUUUAUGUGCUUUGGAAUGGUCUUCAACUUCAUCCUUAAUGACCGUCGGAAGGGGCCCAUCUGGAAUGUGAUCAUGUGGACAUCCCUCUUCCUGGGCCAAGGUGUCAUCAUCUGCCUGUAUAGCCAGGAGUGGUAUGCCCGCCAGUAUUGCCCUCUGGAAAAUCCCACGUUCCUGGAUUACUUAAAGCCACGUUCGUGGUCAUGUCAUAUGCAGAUGUAAAACUGAUAUGCUCUGGGCUGCAUCACCACAGAAGAUCAGAAUCGUCCUCCAAGUAUUUGGACCAUUGACCUAACUCACUAUGGACUUUUUCUAAGAGAAAUUUUGCCUCCUGAUUAUUUGGGAGAAACUGUGUAAUUUUUAAAAACAUUACUGGUGCAACCCAGUUGAACUGGAUUGCACCAGGCUUCAUUGGCAGCAUUUAUUACAUGCUGUCCAUCUUUGAGCCAUUUCCAUGCCAAUGAAAUAUUGAGCUGAAGGUGGAAUCUACUGGAAUCCUACUCAUCCAGGGUCCCCCAAGUUGCUGCUCUUCUGGAAAACAGAUAGACUAGUCAGAUUUGCUAGUAGCUCAUUUUUGGCUUCCGUCCAUCUUCCUUAGCCAUCCCUUUACAUUUUUUCUCAUUUUUGGUAAUGGGAUGUCUACAGAACUUCUAUUCUUUGUGAUCUUGUCCGUUGCUGUGACACGGACAAGAGGCAGAGCAACAGGAUAUUUGCCUCCUUGCUGUGAAAAUAGCCAAAGUAUUCCUGGAUGGCUUUGAACUGCAUUCUAUGUACGUUGGCUGCCUGGAGAUUUCAAGUGGGCAGAGGAAGAGGGCAUUGCCAAUUUUCUUGUGGCUGCAUUGGAGACUUAGAUCUUUCUAUGUUCAGAAGCAGGGCACAGUGGGUGCAGUUCUUGUCUUUUUACAUGGAAAAUUUAGGUUUUCUCUGUAUUAAGUUCCCAGCUGACUUUACAGUGUUUGUUUUUUUCUCGGAAGGCCCUUGUGAGUCAAGGAGUAGUUUUUCUUGUAGCUUUCCCUUUCUGUUCCUCCCAGAUAACUAAUUCUUUUAACACAAUUUCCUUGUAAAAGAGCUCUUUCUUUAAUUUGGCAGGUGCUUUAAGGUAUACAAGUUAAGGCUUUCUGUAGUGAGAGAUUUGAAAUACUAUGACUGACCUGUAAGAAAAUGUGACUGACUUUACAGGUACAUAGUGCAUUCUCAUUUGAAAGGGCUAUGUCAAGUUCAACACCAGGAAGUUGUGGUGCCUCUUGCCAACGUGUACUGUAGCAGCUUCUAACGCUGCGGUGGGGAGUAAGACUUCACCCAGCUGGAGUCAGAGCUGCUUUUCAUCUGCCUGUCUGCUCUCCUCAAGGAGGUUUUCAGGUGAAGGUCAGUUUCCUAGAUACUACCUUCCCUCCUCUGAAGAGGUAGGACAUCCUCCCACACGCUGCUAAAGGGAGAAGCAUUAGGUGAAUGUGGUGUUUCAGUAUCUAUUUAUAACAGCAGUUACCCUGCCUAUUGGGCAGAGCCCCUUCAGUUCCCUUACGUCAGAUGGUAAGCACAGAAAGGGACUUAUACAGGAUUUGGGUCUGUCGGUUCUAAUGAAAUUACAGCUUCUGUUAUUGGAGGGGUGGGUAACCUGAUAAUUACCUUUAACCUUUGUCACAGGAAUUUCUUAAUCACUCAAAUGUUCCUAACUGGCACUUUUUACUAAAAGCUUUUCCUUACUGACCUACAGCCUAGGUAUUGGAUACCAGCAGUAUUGAGACUGAUGGACUUGUCUCCCAAUCCACUUACGACUGUCCUUUGGGCUUCUAUUUUUAUUAACUUGAGGGGGAAAAAAAGGCAAUUUCAUGAGAGCUAGAUGAUACUUAAAUUUGUCCGGGUCUUCAGUCUUCUGUAAGAGGAAAUCUCACUUAUCAGAAAGGACAUUGUCAGGUCAACUUUGCCAAACACAGCAUGUGCAUAUGUGGCUCUCCUCUAAAAAUACCUCGUACCAGAACUUGUUUGUUGAAACAGCUGAAUUGAUUUCAAAGGAAGGAGUUCAUGUAUAUAAUCAAAUGGGGCAGUAUUAGUAUAUAAAAUCUGGGGAAUUAAAUGGAUUACUUGUUCAGUUUGAAUAAUCCUAAAUCUCUUUUACCUUAUCCUUUGUGGUAGGAAGGGGUAGUGCUGGAGCAAUUAACCAGUCACUCAACUCAAGCUUCCUUUUUUUAAAAAGCUAACAAAACCAAACAAACCCUUUGGCCAAACAGCUCUGUCACUUCCUUAAUAUAGGAUGAAAUUCAGUCCGGUACUUUUGAGUUGUGGUGCUUGAAACACUUCUGUACAGAUGUAAUUGCACUCAGAUAGGGUGCGGUGGAUUUGAGGCUUGAUUUUUCUUCUUGAUGCCUGUGUCAGGUCUUGCUACUAUCUCAGUGUUUUCAAAAGGAGAUAAUCAUGGCACUUUGUGCCAACUUGUAGUGUUUCCCUUUUAGCUGGCACUGUCAUAUCCGUAACGAAAAAUAUCAGCAUUUACUGUGUCAGUGUCCUUAGUGUUUGAAGCCUGAAGGCUUGAGCACCUGGCAAGCAAAAGGCAACCAAAAAAGGGUGCCUAGCUGUUGGAACUUGUCUUAGUUCUUUGACAGUUUGAGGCUUUCAGCCUUGUAGAUCAAGGCAUCUGGCAACUGUGCUGUCAGGGAAUUAUUUUCACUUUCAUGGGGUUUUUAAUUGCUUCUGAUUAUAGGCUUCCUUCCAUUUUUCUGAGAGUACUGGAGGGGAAAUAUGAAGUCUUUUACACAUUACUUGUUUAAUUAGUCAGUAUACCAUGCUUGUUUUGAGAACUCCUCUUAGGCUGCGAGUACCAGAGCUGGCAGUGCGGUGUUCUGGUCUAAGUGAAUGCUAAAAUUCACAACCUGCCAUUUUCAAAUGCCCAGUAAUGGUAUAUACUGUUCCCCGUGUUUCUUUCCAACACAAGAAUUGUGAAGCUUGCUUCCAUGGUAACUCCUUAAGUUUUGAGGUGAGAAGCUUCCAGCUUUGGAAUGGCAGCCAGUACAGCUGCAGUUCAUUGCUCAGUAACAUCACAAGAAUCAGUAUUAAUUUGGUGAAAUAUGUCCAAAAUGGGUCCCAGUUCUCAUGCAGAAAAUGGUUUGUUCUCAAGAAGACAAUGUGCAGUCUUCAUGCCUGGUACAUUCUUUUGGGAUAUUUUGUUUCCUGCCUUCCAAAGCGAAGUAAUCCUGUAGUUGAGCAGUUAACUGUAUGCUAUCCUGUGACAGCUGCCUGAAUAAGGCACAUGCUACCUGCUGUGGUGGGGGAAGGGGGAGAUCCUAAUGUCACUUUUAGUAUGAAAUGGUGUUGUUGACAUGAAUCAGUCCACUGGCUAACGGACAAGUGAACUGUUGAACUCCCACCUUCUGAACGUAGAUGGGCUGGAAGCACGGAAGUCCAAUGUAAGCGUGACCUGUGAGCAAGCUCCUGCAGGACCAGCUCUGCGCAGUGCCUCAGCCAGCUGAGCUCAGCCUCGUCUCUUCUGGUGCUUGUAGCUGGGCCAGCUCCCCCUUCCAGGGCGGAGAAGCCAUUGCUGUGUCUUGAUCUGCUGUAGUGUCAAGGAAGAGGUGUGCAAGCAGAGGACAGCACAGCAGCUGGCUCUGCACAGCCACUGUGUGCUGGCCCCAGCACCAGCGAUUCCAUGUAUGCAACCUGUACCACGUUCUGUCAUGCAGAAGAGCUGUUUAUAAUCUAUUACAGCAGUUGAAAUAUAUUUUGCUAUUAGGGGAGGAAAAAA